AAAGACUCCUUGUGUGGUUUUUUAAUAAACAAGAACUAUUAGGAAAAUACUCUUUAGUCGAGACUGAACAGUCGUUGCUGAAACAUCUCAGAGAGAAUUAAAUCAUCGUGAGUCUAAUCAGCAUGGAGACAUGUUUGACUAACGCUGCAAACUCUGCAGUUGCAGCGAGUACCACUCCCGCGAACAUCUUCGUACAUUUGAUACAAACGCUUUUAACGGCACAAUGUAGCUUGAGCAAUGGCAUUUAUCCUCCAGACCGUUCAGACGAGAUUGCGACUUCUAACAGAGAAUUCGACUUCGUCAUCGUGGGCAGUGGAAGCGCCGGGUCCGUACUGGCCAAUCGUUUGACCGAGAUAGAAAACUGGAAAAUAUUGCUGAUCGAAGCUGGUGAGGAUCCCUCGAUAAUGAGCGAAGUUCCCGGAGAAUUUUUCUCGCUGUUACACUCGCCGCAGGAUUAUUCCUACAAUGUCGAACCCGAGAAAUUUGCCUGUCAUGGUAUGAAGAAUAAGUUGUGCAAAUGGUCGAAAGGCAAAGCUCUCGGCGGCAGCUCUACGCUAAAUGCCAUGUUAUAUGUUUACGGCAGUGCCGAGGAUUACAACGAAUGGUCCCGGAUGGGCAACAAAGGCUGGAGUUACGAUCAAGUUCUGCCGUAUUUUAAGAAAUCUCAAAGCUGCGGUCAUGGACAUAGCGACGAGUGGAGAAGCAAGUAUUGUGGUCAUGGUGGACCGUUGAGCAUCAGGUAUUACAAUUAUAGCCAAUCGAAAGUACAUGAAAUGGUUUUGCACGCCGCUCGCGAGAUGGGUAUGCCUAUUCUGGAUACCAUUAACGGUGACAAAUUCGUCGGAUAUGGCACAGCUCAAGGGACCUUGGAUAAAGGUCGCAGAGUGAGCGCUUCAAAAGCCUACUUAUCACCGAUUAAGAAUAGGAGCAAUCUUUACGUGAUGAAGUCGACUCGAGCCGACACUAUUCUUUUGGAUAAUACUCGAGCGGUCGGAGUACGUGUGACUUUAAAGGACGGAAGAACGAUUGACGUAAGGGCCUCGAAGGAAGUAAUCCUGUCGGCCGGUAGCAUUGCUAGUCCGCAACUCUUGAUGCUUUCGGGCAUCGGGCCCGAGAAGCAUCUACGCGAGAUGGAAAUCCCCAAGGUCGUUGAUUUACCUGUCGGCAAAAACCUUCAGGAUCAUGUCACGUGGUUCGGCUUAUAUAUGACCUUCAAGAACCGGAGCGCAACACCGCCAUCACCUACAUAUAUCCUAGAUGUAGCUUACGAGUAUUUAAUACACAAUCAAGGACCUCUGGCAGGUAUCGGCAGUUACGACCUCAUGGGUUUCGUCAAUAUACACGACUCGAGCGCCAAAUAUCCCAAUAUUCAGUUUAUUCAUGGUCACAUACCACAAUGGCACAUACCCAUGGCGACCAGUUUUCUCGACGGCAUUCACAUGGACACGGAAAUAGCUCGAGAGAUAAUAGGAAUCCUAACAGAGGCGGAUGUGCUUCAAUUUUUAUCAAUUCUACUAAAACCAAGGAGCGUAGGAGAGAUACGGCUACGUAGCAAAAAUCCAGCAGAUCCGGUUAGAAUUUACGCCAAUUAUUUUUCCAAACAGGAAGAUUCAGACACGAUGUUGAAAUCCUUGGACUUUCUCAAGAAAAUGCUCAACACCGAGACGUUCAAACAACACGAGGUGCGGUUACAUCACCUAGAUAUUCCUGGUUGUCGUCAUGCUAAACCCGAUUCCGAGGAAUAUUGGAAGUGUAAUCUGCGACAUACGUCAUCUACUCUCUUCCAUCCUGUUGGAACGACAAAAAUGGGUCCUCAGGGCGAUCCCACGGCCGUUGUAGAUCCUCGCCUGAAGGUUCAUGGAGUACAGGGAUUAAGGGUCAUAGAUGCGUCUAUUAUGCCGACGAUUACCGGUGGAAAUACGAAUGCACCGACGAUAAUGAUUGCGGAAAAAGGUGCAGAUUUUAUUAAAAUGGACUGGGCGGUUAUGGAAGGCAAAGACGAGUUGUAAAAGGAGUUGCAAAAGUCUUGACUUGUACUUAAGUUGCUUUUAUAGGAAUAAGUUGAGUUUUUUGUGCCUUUUCAGCUCCUUCAUCCCCUUAGCAAUUUCACGUGUCGUAGAUAACAAAAUACAUAGAUAAUAAAAUCAAUUAAAAGUGUUUAAAUAAGCAUAUUUAACCUUAGCUUGGCAUGAAUCAAAUUGAUCCAAGCGAAACAUUUGCACAACGUAUUAUUCUUUUUCGAGGUUUUUAAAUUUUGAAAAUUGCGAUUACGUAAAUCUCUGAGGAGUACUUAGUAUAAAUCUGCAACAAUCAGAUUUUUUAUCGGUUUUUGCUUUCGACACAGAGAGCAAAUGUAAUUAUUGCUGGGUGAGACACGAGUGUGCCAAAAAAAAAAAUAGAGCAACGUUUCAAGUGGAGAAAAUAAGAUUUACAAAUUAUUUGUCUUGUAUUUUAAGAUAAUUAUUAGAAUAAAUCAGUAAUUUUUAAUAAAAAUGAGUUUUAUUAAAUAAUAAAAUAAAAUUUAUGCGCUCCAAUAAUAUAUAAAACAAGUUUUUUAUAAAUUACAUCUAAAUAGAAACUGCUCAUGUGUGCAAAACAAAGAAAAUAUCAAAUAAAAAGGCUAAAAAAACAAAAUAAACUAGAAGUAAAAUUAAAACUUUACUAUAAAAACAUCAUUGAAAAAAAUGCUAGAACGUUUUGAAACGCCGAGCCUUCUUUAGCUAGUAAAAUUCUUACAAAACCAAUAAAACCAAAUGUAAGAAUAAUAUAAUAUAUUGUAAUAAAAUAAAAUUAAAUUAUUAAAUUAUUAAAUUAUUUUAAAAAUACAACAGUUAAUAAAGACAACGAAUUAUAAACAAUAAGAGGUUAUAUUCACAAAAUUCUUUGACAAUUACCUAUGAACUACUUAAGUUAUUGCGAUUUUGAGGCAUCUCUCCUUGAAAUCAGGAAGCGCACAGUUUUAAUUUUACAUCUAGUUGUUUUUUU